AUGGAAGACUCUCCGCCAAAGAAAUCCCCACAGUUUGCAGCCUUGGAGACAGGUCCUGGACCUGGAUAUUAUAGCUUACCUCCAACAAUUGGAUUUGUCAGCCAUGAUUACACCCGCUUCACCAGUCCUGCUUAUUCCUUUCGUCAGAGGCUCAACAAUCGUGGUCUGCCUCAAAGCCCCGGACCAGGUACAUACAGUCCAGAGAAGCUGGGACCCAGCCUUCAGCAGAGGGCGCCCUCCUUCUCCAUAGCUGCCCGCACCAAAUCCCGUCCCGUGGACCCCGUGCCGGCUUCCAACAGCUACAUCCUCCCCUCCCUGCUCAGAGCACGGAUCCCCAACAGGCCCUCCAAGGCCACCCAUGUUCUCUCCGGCAAGAACGCCAAAGGCAGCGCUUCUAAGGACCCUCGCCAAAUGCCUGGCCCCACCAGCUACAAGCCCCACGCACCCGCCGUCUGCUUCGGCCGCCCCCCAGCUUUCUCCAUGUUGAAGAGGCUCCAGAAACCCACGAGGGCCUUCCAGACUCCUGGGCCAGGAGCCCACAGCCCAGAAAAAGUGACCAUUCACAGGACAGGGGCGCCUUCCUACUCUUUUGGGGUCCGUCACUCCGAAUAUCUCAUGCCGUUCAUCCCUGAUGCUCCAGAGUGGUAG